CUUACCCCUGCGUGCUCUGACCCCCGCCCUCUCCCUCUUCCCACCAGGAUCCUGGUUGCCAACAACCAGCUCUUCAGCAGCUCCUACGACCGCACAGCUCGAGCCUGGAGCGUGGAUGAGGGGCAGGUGUCCCAGGAGUUCCGGGGCCACCGCAACUGCGUGCUGACCCUAGCCUACUCUGCGCCCUGGGACCUGCCUGGGGCUCCGUGCGCCGAGGAGAUUGGGGGGCUCCUGGUGACGGGCAGCACGGAUGGCACGGCCAAGGUGUGGCAGGUGGCCAGUGGCUGUUGCCACCAGACGCUGCGGGGCCACACGGGGGCCGUGCUCUGCCUUGUGCUGGACACGCCCAGUCACACCGCCUUCACGGGCAGCACCGACACCACCAUCCGUGCCUGGGACAUCCUGAGCGGGGAGCAGCUGCGGGUGUUCAGGGAGCACCAGGGCUCUGUCAUCUGUCUGGAGCUCGUGAACCGGCACGUGUAUUCGGGCAGCGCCGACAGGACGGUCAAGUGCUGGCUGGCCGACACCGGGGAGCGCGUGCGCACGUUUGCAGCCCACCGACACAGCGUGAGCGCCCUCAAGUACCACGCAGGCACCUUGUUCACGGGCAGCGGGGACGCCCGCGCGCGCGCCUUCGACGCCCGCUCCGGAGCGCUGCAGAGGGUGUUCCGCGGUCACGCCUUCGUCAUCAACUGCAUCCAGAACGCCCCCGCGCGCAGCCGCUCCCGCCUCUUCAGCAACAAGGUGGGCUGCGCCGCCGCGCCCCUGCAGCCCGCCUGA